AUGUCGUCUCCGCCGACGGGGUCUGGCGCACAGCGCCGCGGCACGAUGGAGCCGCCCGCGAUCACCCCGUCCCCGCGGGGAAUCCUGCGACCGAGCGGCAGCUUCAAGAAGCGGCAGCUGGAGAGGCUCAGGCUCGAGGAAGCGGAGGAAGCGGAGGCGGCCGCGGUCCAACCCCGGCCCCGGGUGGGUCAGCGCCUGUUCGCCGGCGACGACGACGAACGACCGUGCCCGUGGCGGCGCGCGGAGGGUCGGAGCGUCGACGACGACGCCGCGGCGCGCGAGGCGGUCGAGGCGCGCGCGGCGUCGUCGGGACGGGCGAGGGAUCGACGCGAGGCGCGGGAGCGCGACGAGCCCGGCGACGAGAACGCGACGGGGUGGGGGUCCCAUUUGAAAAUCUCGGACGUUGACGACCCUCGCGCGCGGGACGACGGCUUCCGCGUCGGGCGCGCCGCCCUGAGCCUCAAGGCGGAGGUUCGCGAGGUGGACGCCCUCGUCGAUGCGCUCAGGGGAAUGUGCGACGGGGCGUCCGAAUCCGACGGCGACGGCCCGGGGUUCUCGGACGAGGUGAACGAGGUUGACGAGUCCGACGCAUCCUUCAGGAGCGCAGAGGAGGAACCCGCGGGGGGGGAAGACGACGACGACGACGACGAGGAAGAAGACGGGUGCGGCGGAGCGAGGUGGAGCCCCGAUACCGUCCUCCGCCCCGACGGCCUCUUCGACGAAUCGCCGUCCCCGACCGCCGACCACGCGCUCAGGCGGCAGAGCUCGGUCACCUUCGACGACGAUCGCAUCACCGUGCACGACAUCGGGUCCGUCAAGGACCUGCGCCGGGAGAAGCGGACGUCCAUCGCGGGCGCGAUCCUCGAGUGGGUCAAGGCUGACGUCAGGGGAUUCGUGGAGGGGGUGGUAGGAAGGGGGCGACGGAGGGACAGCGCGGAGGAGGCUGAGAGCGCCAAGGCGACGCGUAAAUCGCUAAGAGAGUCGAGGCGAAACAUGUACGUCAACGUGGAUAACGCAGCGUACGGGUACUGCGGCGACCUCGGGGACCCGGACUUUACCUUUGUUUAA